AUGAGCGGCGCGAGUUCCGUCAGAGUUGUCUCUACCGUCGACGGUAAGGCGGCGGAAAAGGAAGAGGAGUUGGCGCGCCCGAUAGGCGACGACGACGUCGAGUUUAAGGAGAGCGCGCGAUGGAACGUCGCGACGUAUCACCUGAGAAGAGCCGUUCAAACGCACAGUCGGCGCGAGGAGUUAUGCAUGCAUUACUUUCGCACGAGCGAGAAGCUGUCGGCGCACAGCGAGGAUUGCGGCAAGCUGAACGAUUGCGCGAUCGUUCUUUCCGGCGAGGACGACAGGUGGCUGGAGUUCGAUCAUCAUUCGAGAAAGGAGCGAAUUCCGUUUGCGGUGUACGCCGAUCUGGAGUGCGCGUUGGAGAGAAAGGAGGGGGACGAGGGCGGGAGAACCAAGAAUACGAGGAUCGUUCAGCAUCAUAGAGUUCACAGCGUGGCCUAUUACACGCGUUGCUCCUUCGACGACGCCGCGUCGGCGUACGGAUCUUAUCGCGGCGAGGAUGGCGUCGCGUGGUUCGUGCGCGAGCUGCGCGAUCUGGCGCUUCGCGCGAAGGUCGCCCUCGACGCCGUGGUACCGAUGGCGGAUCUGACGCCGGACGAGCGGGAGAUAUUCGCGAGCGCGUCGCGCUGUUACGCGUGCGAGAGACCGUUCGAGGCCGACGACGCUCGCGUGCGCGAUCACUGUCACUUGACCGGCCGCUUCAGAGGUCCGGUGCAUUACGCGUGUAAUUUGAAUUACAAGGACCCCUACGUCAUACCCGUAUUCUUUCACAAUCUAUCGGUUUACGAUGCGCACUUCAUUAUCAAGGAUGUGGCUAACGCGUAUCCCGGCAGCGUCGAGUUGUUGCUGUUUUUAGGCGCCGGUCUCGAUAAGCUGGCGUCGUAUCUCGACGAGAGCAAACUGACGAUCGCGCGAGGCAAGUUUCGCGAUCUCUCCGACGACGACUUCCGACUUCUCACACGCAAGGGCGUAUUUCCGUACGAGUACGUCGACAGCGUCGAGAGAUUGCGGGAGACGCGUCUCUCGCCGCGCGAGUCCUUCUACAGUUCUCUGACCGGCGAUACCGUAUCGGAGAGCGAUUACGCGCACGCGACGCGCGUCUGGAAGCGAUUUAGCGUCGAAACCCUGGGCGAGUACAGCGAUUUCUAUCUGAAGAUCGACGUUCUUCUGCUUGCGGACGUGUUCGAAAAUUUUCGCGCCGCUUGUUUGGAGAGUUACGGUUUAGAUCCCGCGUAUUACUUCAUGCUGCCGGGAUACACGUGGGACGCGAUGCUUAAGUACACGGGGGUCCGUUUCGAGCUGCUCACCGAUAUCGAUAUGAUGAUGUUGGAACGCGGAAUACGCGGCGGUCUAAGUCAGUGCUCUAACAGAUACGCUCGCGCUAACAACAAGUACAUGAGCGCGUACGAUCCGUCGCGACCGUCGAUCUAUUUGAUGUAUCUCGAUAUCAACAAUCUGUACGGUUGGGCGAUGUGUCAGCUGUUGCCGUACGAGCGAUUCAAGUGGAUCGACGAUCUCGAGAGUCUCGACGUGAUGUCCGUGACGGAGGACUCGACCGUCGGCUACAUUCUCGAGGUCGAUCUUGACUAUCCGGCCGACGCGCACGACGCUCACGCCGAUCUACCGUUUUGUCCCACGCGCGAUAAGCCGCCGGGGAAGCGUCAGAGCAAACUCCUAGCCACGCUGUACGAUAAGCGCCGAUACGUUACGCACUAUCGCAAUCUGCAGCAGUGCGUUCGUCACGGUCUGCGUCUGACGAGGAUUCAUCGCGCGCUGCGCUUCUCGCAGUCGCCGUGGUUACGCGGAUACGUGGAACUUAACACGCGCUUACGCACUAACGCGAGUAACGAUUUCGAGAAGAAUUUGUACAAAUUGAUGAAUAACGCCGUCUUCGGCAAGACCAUGGAGAACGUGCGCAAUCGCGUGGACGUUCGACUCGCGACUCGAUGGGACAGUCGAUUCGGAGCGCUCAUCUCCAAACCGAAUUUUCACAGUAGAAGCGUAUUCUCGGAGAAUCUCAUGGCCGUGGAAUUGCGCAAAUUGGAGGCGAGGAUCAACAAACCGAUCUACGUAGGCAUGUCCAUUCUCGAUAUAUCCAAAAUUCGUUUGUACGCGUUUCACUACGAAUACAUGUCGCCGCUCUACGGCGAUAAGAGUAAAAUAUUGUACACCGACACGGACAGUCUCAUUUAUAGCGUAGAGUGCGAGGACGCGUACGAGCGAAUGAAGCGCGACAUCGAUAGAUUCGACACGAGUGAUUACGCCGUCGACAAUCCCUACGGCGUGCCGCGCGCGAAUAAGAAGGUUCUCGGUCUGAUGAAUGACGAGAACAACGGCGCUCUCAUGUUCGAGUUCGGGCGACACUAA